GUUUCCGUCUAUUCUCCCAUCGUGCCCUGCGCCGCUGCUAGGCAACGGGGGGGCAUGGUGCCUAGCAUGGAAGGUGAAGGCAUAGACUGAGCCUGUGGGACCACACUCCGACGGCCGAGAUGGGCGUGGCCUCGCCGGAGGAGGACAGCUGCAAUGCUGCCGAUAUCGAGAGACGCCUGAUGAAACUUCGGGGCUCAGUUUGGAAUGCUCCGGUACUGAAAGGGCGAGAAGCAUCGGAUUACAUGAACUUGCCAAAUGAGGAUCAGUGGGAUGAAACCAUCUGCAACUCGGCAGUUUGUCAGCAUCCACAAUGCUGGUCAACUCUCCGACGGAUUGAGAGGGGCCACCCUAGGAUUCUGGACUCAUCCAGCAAAUUUCCCCGGGAAGUGGAAGAUAAACUCCCGAGACUCACCAUUGUAAAUAUCAUGGAUACCUGCUUGUGGACCCCGAAGAGGGUGGUUCAGCCACAACCAUCACAUUUCCCUAAGGAGAGGUCUUUAUUGUCGAAACCAGCCACCAGGUGUCACCGCAGGUCUCAGAAGGCUUUACUUGACAAAGAUGUGACCAGCCAUUCUAGACCUCCCAAACUUUCAGUGUUGAAUUUGAAUGAGGCAAAACUUCCUUUCCCAGAAGAUGUCAGAAACAUGGUUGUAACCUGGGUUCCAGAAGAUUCGGAGAAGAUUGUGAGCUCAGUUGGAAAGAAGUCUGCUUUUUCCAGAUCGCCUGAGAAGAGAAAGAAACUGGGAGAGAAAACCAAGCCAUCUCUAUAUUUCUCUGGAAGACAGUAUGCAGUGACACACUCGAGAAGUCCAGGGGUGAUUGUACCUCCUCCUUCCCCGGUGCACUUACUUGACCAGUUAGGUUCUGACGCCAUACCUUUAUGGGCCCAAUUCAGCAUGCUUCCCCAGGAUCUCUUGAAGGAGUGCAUUUUGGCACAUGAGAAAGCCAUGACUUAUCCUAAGGUGAAGAUAGAGUUGACACAGAAUCGUCCCCUGAGAAAGACCCGACCCGACAGCGCUCUUUCUUCUAAGAUGUAUCUAACUGUACACCGCCUCACCCUGCAAAGACCAUCAUUGCGGUUCCCUGAACAUCUGAGGAAGCUGCAGCACGACCUGAAGAGAGACGAAGGAUCUGGGCCUGGACCUUUACGUACCAGGCACGACCUGAAGAGAGGUGAAGGAUCUGGGCCUGGACCUUUACGUACCAGGCACGACCUGAAGAGAGGUGAAGGAUCUGGGCCUGGACCUUUACGUACCAGGCGCGACCUGAAGAGAGGCGAAGGAGCUGGGCCUGGACCUUUAGGUUUCAGGAAGCAGCAGCAGCAGGAGCAGCAGGAGCAGCAGGAGCAGCAGAGGAAGGUGAAAACCUCUAUUCCGAAACAGUUUCAGGAGGUGCAGAAGAAAGAGAAGAUUUAUGUGCAGAGUUAUGUGCAGGGCCAGUUAAGUCAAAGAAUCCCAUCAGAAGAGCAAAGUGAGACAAAGGAGAAGCAGCAGGAAGAGGAGGAGGAAAAAACCUCUGUGAAACAUGUUUCCAUAGACGACUACUCAGACCUAUAUGACUACGACAGCUACUACACAGACUACAUCUAUGAAGAGAGUCCUGAAAUAUAUGAGUCCAUUUACAGUGACUUGGACGAGAGAAUGGUGGAAAUGACUUCCAGCAAAGGCAGUAGCCGGUCCGGAAAUUUUGAUACAACUGGCUGGAACCCUGAGCUCAAACUGCUGAGGAUUCUUCAGGCCAGUGUUGAGGAAGAUGAGGAGAACCGUCUUUCCAGGGCACAGAGUGAGGUGUCUCUGGAUGAUUAGGCUGGAGAUGUCACAUGGGGCGGCCUUAGCCAGAGCUGUUCUUGGUAUUUGGAGGACAAUGACCUCGGAUGUUGGAUAGAAAAGAGAGACUUUUGUUCCCUGGAUUCCUCCAGCAGGACCAGGGAUUAAAGGCCCUGCUUUCAUUUGCUUCUUACCUCCAAAAUGAGUGAGAAAAAACCCCCAAUCCCACCAAAUAUAGGAAAGUUUUCCAGGGCCGAGUAUUUCCACGAUUAAACACAAUUCCUUCUAUCAGGAGGUAGCGGUUCUUUGUGUCUAUUUUCUUGGUCCCCUUUAUCUCUCUUCUGAAAUCUACUUUGUAGUGGUAGGAAGUUGGAUUCAGCUAUGGGAACAUCUACAUUAUACCUAACUGCUCCUCCCGUUCCCUGGAGGUGGCUUCCUUUGGUGAUGGGGUCUGCACCAUUAUCAGGUGGUAGUCACUGAGUGGUACUCCCACCUUAGAGUUGAUCUUACCUACAAAUAAUUCAGUGUGUCUCUAAAAAAAAAGCACUAAAACCUAAAAAUUAUCUUAUUUCACAGAAUUAUUAUUGAUUGCUCGUUUUCACAUAUCCAAGCACAUUCAAAUUUCCAUGUCUUAUUAAGGUUUUUUAUUUAUUUUUAUUUUUAUUUUUUACAGUUGACUUAUAUUAGAAUUCAAACAAAGUCCAUAAGUUGCAUUUUCUUAGUAUGGAUUAGUCUCUUGUAAUUUGGACAUCCCCCUCCUUUUUUCUUUCUCUUUUCCUAGAAUUCAUUCCAUCUUUGAAGAGCUUAGCUUUCUAGUUUCUAAGAAAUCUAGUCUUCAGAGAAAUGUCAGUGUUCACAAAGACCCAGAAUUCCAAAGUCUCAGGAGCCUUCUAACUUGGUUUUUGUAUGUAUUUUUCAUUGUGUUUAGUCCUUAAAAAAAAAAAAACUUUUACUAUUAAAAAAAAAUCCCCAAAGUCUUUUAACCUGUAAAAUUUGAAAAUUGCAUAAAAGUAAAGGGACUAUAAUAUAGCAAAACUCUAAGUUCAGUACCUAGGGCAUUGUUAAAAAAGGCUCUUGGUAAAUAAAAAUUAAUAAGAAAGAAAGAAAGAAAGAAAGAAAGGAAAGAAAGAAAGAAAGAAAGAAAGAAAGAAAGAAAGAAAAACCCUUGGUUGGGUUGGACUACAUACUUUAGAAAGACCUGCUGUUGCUUUGUUUUGAUUUUCUACCUAAUGUUGUUUGUCAUGGAAGGAGGAGUCUGUAAGGCCAAUGACAAGCAUAUCUUCUUUUUAAAAUGCAACUCUUAACAUUGUUUGAUGACAUCAUAAUGCAUACCAUGUAUUUUGAUUGUAUUGACCCCUGCGUCUCCCAAGCAUACAUUCUUGAAGUCUUGUUUCUUUUGUUUUUGGCCACUGGUGUCUGGACCCCCAGAAUUCCCUAACUAAAUGGUCUCACAUUUGCU